UUCCGGAGAGGUGAAAGGGUUAGAGCAGGCUUCGAGUGCGGGCAUCGGCAUGGGGCUCGCACGCGCCGGAGGAGCAUUCCUGAGAGCCGCGCGCUCUCGUUUCCAUGGCAACGGGGUGGGGCGGAGGCCGCAGCUCCCAAGUUGUUCCAGUGCCUUAAGAUGCCAGUACUUUAGUUCAGAAAAAGCAGCAGAAAACAACGCCAUGACUCCCAUGCUGAAACAUCUUGUGAUGAAGAUAAAGUCAACAGGCCCCAUUACAGUUGCUGAAUAUAUGCGUGAAGUUUUAACAAACCCUGUGAAAGGCUAUUAUGUACAACAUGACAUGCUAGGAGAAAGCGGAGAUUUUAUUACUUCACCUGAAAUAAGUCAGAUCUUUGGAGAGCUAAUAGGCAUUUGGUUUGUCAGUGAAUGGAUAGCUAAUGGAAAGCCGAAUAAAUUUCAGCUGGUUGAAUUGGGCCCAGGAAGAGGGAGUCUUACCAGUGAUAUUUUACGGGUUUUUAAUCAGCUGAAUUCUUUACUUCAUAAAUGUGACAUUUCUGUUCAUCUGGUGGAGAUCAGCUCCAAAUUAAGUGAAAUUCAAGCAUCAGUUUUGACAGAAGGAAAGAUAGAAUUACAAGAGAGCUGCCUCACUUAUAUGCAAGGACUUACUAAAACUGGGUUGCCAGUUUUCUGGUACAGAGACUUGAAUGAUGUGCCAGGAGGCUUCAAUUUUUAUUUAGCUCAUGAAUUUUUUGAUGCUCUACCUAUCCAUAAAUUCCAGAAAACAGAGAAGGGUUGGCGAGAGUUGUUGGUUGACAUUGAUCCAGAAGCGCUUGACAAGCUGCGAUUCGUCCUUGCGCCAUCUGCUACUCCAGCUGCAGAAGCCUUCAUACAUGACAAAGAAUCCAGAGAUCAUGUGGAGGUGUCUCCUGAUGCUGGUGUCACUAUCCAGAAGCUAGCCCAUAAUAUUGAAGAGAACGGAGGAGCUGCGCUCAUAAUAGAUUAUGGACAUGAUGGGACCAAAACAGAUACUUUCAGGGGAUUUUGUGGCCAUAAACUUCAUGAUGUAUUAACAUCCCCUGGAAUGGCAGACCUCACUGCUGAUGUUGACUUCAGUUACCUGAAAAGAAUGGCACAAGGAGUGGCUGCCUUGGGUCCUAUAAAACAACAGGAUUUUUUGAGAAACAUGGGAAUUGAUAUUAGACUGCAGGUUCUGUUACAGAAUGCCAACGAUGCAAAUAAUCGCAACCAAUUGCUCCGAAGUUAUGAAAUGCUCAUGGACCUGGAUAAAAUGGGGGGCCGUUUCAACUUUCUUGCCAUGUUACCACCCAGUAGACUUGGGAUUUCAGGCAAGGGAACAAAACCAUCUGCUUCAGCAUCUGUGGCUGGCUUUGGUGAACUUGUAUGGAAGUGAACUCCCAUCUCCCCACUUGAUUUUUAUUUUGGUGGUAAAAAUGAAGGCUUCCCAUAUGAUCCCCUGGGGAAACAGGUUACAAGCAUCAAGUUAUCAUCAGUUUCUUAUAAAACAAUUGUGCCUGAUUUUGUGAAAAUUCUACAUAUUCAGUCACAAUAUAACAUGUCAAAUAGAAAAAUAUGGUUCUGAUAGAACUAAAAGUUGACAGUAACCCCUGUGGGGAGGGUAAACAACACAUUCAAGUUGGGAAAAUGCAUCUUGUUCCGAGAUUAUAAUUGUACCAUAAAGGUAUUUAAUAAAGUUCCGUUUUUAUAAUCA